AUGGGCAUGAUCACCGCCACAACAACAAGGACAACACGGUCAACUCGCAUUACCGCUACUACAUUGUUACCGCUCCUUGCUGCCACGUGUUCUAGUUUGGCCCUCUUUUCACCUCCAACAAGGAGUUGUCGAGUUGCCACUCCUCCUCAUCAUUGUGGAUUCUGUGCUCCGUCUUCUCCUCGUCGUCCUCUUUUGUCCACUAUCACCUGGAUUGGUGCCAGACAACAAUUCACGACCAUGUCUCUCGCAAUGACAGAUAACGAUGAAAAUGAUGAUUUGUCCGCGCAAGAAAACACUCUUUCAUUGGCUACAAACGAAACAACCAGUAGUUCAGCUCUUGCUGCUAAAGAAAUAUCACCACUACCCAUGCAACCCAAAAAGUUGCACUCGGUCACCGUCUGCAUGGUACCUCCACCUGAAAAUGAACAUGUUUGGGAACAAGUAUCGGAAAUGAGACGGACCCUCCAAGAUCCAGGCUAUUAUCGGUGGCCACCCCAUGCCAAUCUGCUCUAUCCAUUUUUGGAGUUGGGCAAUUAUAAGAAGGAUCCAGAAUCCAGGCAAACCAACUUGAACGUAAUUGUGGAAAAAUUACAAACGGCAAUGCGGAAGUGUCCUCCCUUUUGGAUCCAAUUGAAACAAUUUGGAACUUUUGGAGGAAAACAACGCGGAGUACUCUGGUUGGAUCCGGAAUCCUUUCCCAUGAACGAAGAUGCGACUGGUACGAUCGAAGAGUCGUCGAAGAAUGGUGUUGCACCCCUGAUUCAACUACAGUCACUACUGGAAGAAGCCUUUCCUAGUUGUCAAGCACAAUCUCAGAAGAAUAGCAGUGGAUUUGUACCGCACAUGACACUCUCCCAUUUUGAAAACUUGGAGGCUGCCAAGGCAGCGCAAGAGUUGAUUUCGCCCAUUCCCACCCAGUUGGAAUUUGUGUUGGAUCGGAUCUAUCUGUUGGAGCGCCUGGGAGAUGAUGGACAAUUUCUGCGGGUCGCCGAGAUUGGAUUGGGAGAAGAAUCCUCCUCCAAAGUGACUGCCAUUUUCGAUCCACCAUCCCCCUUUCCAGGCAUGCCCGCAGACGAAGAAGAUUGGGUCCAUGAGGAACGCAUGAAGCUCAAAUCCAGGCGGAAUGGCAAAGGACGAAAAACGAGAGGAAAGCAACAACGCCGACGACGAUCGUGGAAUCCAAGAGUACCGGAUACCCCCGAAAUGAUUGCGGCCAAACGAGCGGAACGCAAGGCCAAGCGAGAGCGACUGGAACGAGAACAACAACAAGAAGAAGAACAAGCAGCAACGGGGGAAGCAUAA